AAUUUUUAAAAAGAAAAGCAACCAGUAAGUAGAUUGUCCUUUCCAAGGAGGUGAUGUGUGCUGGGGGAGAUGAGAUAAUCAGCAAAGUGAAAGAGUUCAGGAUGGUUAAGAUUUUAAAUAGGGUUCAUUCAUGGAGACUACAUGGAAGAGCUGACAUUCAAACAAUUGGCCUGAAGGUGUGUGGGGAGUGAGCUAUUUCAAAAUCUGGGAGAAAGGUGUUGCAGAGAUUCGGAAUGAUCAGUGUAAAGGCCCUGAGGUGGUAUUCUGCUAGGUGUGGUUAUAGAACAGCAAUUAGGAAUGAUCAUUGUGAGGUGAGGCCAGAGGGGUAGCAGGGGGGAGUGGGUAAAACUUUGUGGGCCACAUUGAGAACUAGGGCCUUUAUUUGGGGUAAUAAAGGAGAUGUGGUACAUUCUCAAGUAGAGGAGAAAUGUGACUUGGCUUUUAAAAUCCGGGUUGAAUCCUAUGAGUCCCAGCCCAGUCAGACAGCAGUCCUGAGGGCAGGUGGUGUCCAUGGAGGAUCCCCCCCAACAGUUUCACCUAGUGGUUGGGUCUGGACAGGACCUCCUAUUCCCCCAGCACCCCUUACAAGGGUAGUCCAGUGGUAUGGUCCACUAUUCACCAUGACGAUGGUUGUUGGGGAAAGCAGGAUGGUCCUUGUGGCCACAGAGAGCUUUCUGCCUUGGCAGUUGGGGGGUGAUCUGGGGCUGGUGCCAGCGGAACAUGCCAUUCUGUGGGCGUGCCCGGGGUCGUGCCCGAGGUCUUGUGUUUCUUGGCGAGUUCCCUGUCCCAUCUGUGGCUGGGUCCAUUACUGCUGCUGCACCCGAGAAUGCCUGUUGUGGAGGCCUCUACUCCCACAGUGAGGCUGGCCCUCUAGAGACCAACAAUUCAGCAAGUGGGCCCUUGCCCUCGGCCAGCCACCCAAGUCUGACUACUCAGGUCGCCAUGGAUCGGAUGAAGAAGAUCAAACGGCAGCUGUCAAUGACACUCCGAGGGGGCCGAGGCAUAGAUAAGACCAAUGGUGCCCCUGAGCAGAUAGGACUGGAUGAGAGUGGCGGUGGUGGCGGCAGUGACCCUGGAGAGGCCCCCACACGUGCCACUCUUGGGGAACCUCGCUCUGGACGGGGCCCACUCAGCUCUGCACCAGAGAUUGUGCACGAGGACUUGAAGAUGGGGUCUGAUGGGGAAAGUGACCAGGCUUCAGCCACGUCCUCGGAUGAGGUGCAGUCUCCAGUGAGGGUGCGCAUGCGCAACCAUCCCCCACGCAAGAUCUCCACUGAGGACAUCAACAAGCGCCUGUCACUACCAGCGGACAUCCGGCUCCCCGAGGGCUACCUUGAGAAGCUGACCCUCAAUAGCCCCAUCUUUGAUAAGCCCCUCAGCCGCCGCCUCCGCCGUGUCAGUCUGUCUGAGAUUGGCUUUGGGAAACUGGAGACCUACAUCAAGCUGGACAAGCUGGGUGAGGGCACCUAUGCCACUGUCUACAAAGGCAAAAGCAAGCUCACAGAUAAUCUUGUGGCACUCAAGGAGAUCAGACUGGAACACGAAGAGGGGGCCCCCUGCACCGCCAUCCGGGAAGUGUCCCUGCUCAAGGACCUCAAACAUGCCAACAUCGUCACUCUACACGACAUUAUCCACACAGAGAAGUCCCUCACCCUUGUCUUUGAGUACCUGGACAAGGACCUGAAGCAGUACCUGGAUGACUGUGGGAAUGUCAUCAACAUGCACAACGUGAAACUGUUCCUGUUCCAGUUGCUACGUGGCCUGGCCUACUGUCACCGGCAGAAGGUGCUACACCGAGACCUCAAGCCCCAGAACCUGCUUAUCAACGAGAGGGGAGAGCUCAAGCUGGCUGACUUCGGCUUGGCCCGGGCCAAGUCAAUCCCAACAAAGACGUAUUCCAACGAGGUGGUGACACUGUGGUACCGGCCCCCUGACAUCCUACUGGGGUCCACGGAUUACUCCACCCAGAUUGAUAUGUGGGGUGUGGGCUGCAUCUUCUAUGAGAUGGCCACAGGCCGGCCUCUCUUCCCGGGCUCCACAGUGGAGGAACAGCUGCACUUCAUCUUCCGCAUUUUGGGAACCCCAACUGAGGAGACAUGGCCAGGAAUCCUGUCCAAUGAGGAGUUCAAGACAUACAACUAUCCCAAAUACCGAGCCGAGGCCCUUUUGAGCCAUGCACCCCGGUCUCCUUGUCCUUGCUGUAGACUUGAUACUGACGGGGCCGACCUCCUUACCAAGCUGCUGCAGUUUGAGGGUCGAAACCGGAUCUCCGCAGAGGAUGCCAUGAAACAUCCAUUCUUCUUCAGUCUGGGGGAGCGGAUCCACAAACUUCCUGACACUACUUCCAUAUUUGCACUAAAGGAGAUCCAGCUACAAAAGGAGGCCAGCCUUCGGUCCUCGUCAAUGCCUGACUCAGGCAGGCCAGCUUUCCGUGUGGUGGACACCGAGUUCUAAGCUACAGACCGAGGCCCCAGCAGGCAGCGGCUGGAGGGAUGCCACACCCCUCACAGGGCAGCCCCCCAACUGCAUCCUCUCUGCUUGCUGCCUGUCUACCUGCCUGAGCCAUGCUCUCCUGCCCACUUGUCCUCUGCUGCCUGCCCAGACACCCAACCAUUGGCCUGUCAGCCCACCCACUGGCCUAUCUGCUGGGUGCUAACAAAGCUCUCAUCACUCCUUUGCCUGGUC